AUGACAAAUUCUAAUACAACAGGUCAUUUCAUUCAAGAAUUUAUCAUGAAUGGUUUCCAGGAUCACUUAGAUGGACAGUCAAAAAUAAUUCUCUUUAUGUUUUUUCUUCUGACGUACACUAUAACAAUUCUUGGAAAUAUGGUGCUUGUCCUUGUGGUAAAAUUAAAUCCAAAACUUCAUACACCAAUGUAUUAUUUUAUUUGCAAUUUAGCACUCUUGGACAUAUGCAUUCCUUCUGUUACUGUACCAAAAAGUAUAUCAUAUUUAUUAUAUGAAGAUAGGUCAAUUAAGUUUGAAAUAUGCUUAACCCAGAUGUCUUUUUAUGCUGCUCUGGCAGUAGCAGAGUCAUUUUGCCUUACUGUUAUGUCAUAUGACAGGUAUCAGGCUAUAUGCAACCCUCUUAUGUAUCCUUCAGUUAUGAACAACAAGAAAUGUAUUGAAUUGUCUAUUAUUUGUUGGCUAGGAGGCAUUAUAAUAGCUAUGAUUUCACUUUUUCAUGUCCUUAUGGUACCUUUAUGUGGUUCCAAUAAUAUAUACUAUAGCAUCUGUGAUUAUUUUGCUUUAAUACAGUUGGCUUGUACUGAUGUAAUGUUUAAUACCGCAGUAAGCUUCACUGCUUUGUCAUUUGUAUGUCUUCCUUUAAUUUUUAUUAUGUUUUCUUAUAUUAAAAUUGUAUUAUGUCUGCAAGAGCUCUCUUCACUUCAAAGAAACAAGAAGGUUUUUUCAACCUGUAUAAGUCAUGUAAUGGUGAUUGCUAUAGUUUACUUGCUGGCUAUCUUUGCUUUCUUAAGUAAUAGGAUACCUGGCUGUUCUGUUGAUGCCCGGCUAGUGGCAGCUACACUGCAAAAUAUAUUGCCACCAAUGAUUAAUCCAUUUAUUUUCUCACUCCGAACGAAGGAGAUACGAGUCAGUUUGAAGAAACUUUUAAGAACAUUUGUGUUUUAUAUUAGUUUGACAGCAAAGACCAUAUAA